CCAUGGCGAGGGAAGGGUUAAUUCAUCGUCAUGGGAGUUUGACUUUACAAAAGUAACUGGACAAAUUUCCAGAGGCCAGGUCCGUCCCUCCUUUCUGCUCAAGCUGUUUAUGCUGCUUCCAAGAGUUGGACCUGGGUGCGCAUCUUCGCUUUUCAUCCUCUUCUUCCAGCUUCUCUGCACCUGAUUUCUGAUAACAUAUCAUUUAAACUUGUGCAUUUCUUUUUAUUUUCUCUUAUUUUUGUCAUGGCAAAGUGGUUGGUUUUAUUAUAUCUUUCCCAAGUCCUUCUGCCUUUAGUUUUUGGACAGCAGCGCCCAGCUGGACCCUGGCGGCACCGCAUACAGUGGGAGAACAACGGGCAGGUUUACAGCUUGAUGAGCACCGGAUCAGAGUACCAGGCUCCGGCUCGGCCUGGCAGCCAGUCCAGAGUUUAUCUGAGCAGGAGGAGGGAGGGCGCUGUGCCGGGUGCGCACAGAGGAGCGCAGGUUGUGGGGUUUACUGACGCGCAGCGCUUCAAUUCCUCUUCAUCCAGGAGUUUAAGAGACUCAUUAAACAGAAGAGAAGCUGCUGGCGCAUCCAGUAACACUGGAGAGCAGCGGCAACUCCAACAACUACGCGCGUUGCGGGACGGGAUGCUUGUCUCCAGGCAACCCGCGCAUCCAUCAGUUCUGGAAACCGAACCUGACGCUCCCGCUCCGCUCCCAGUGUCAAGAGUUUAUCUAACGAACGAGGCUGACGGAGACGGCAUGGUCAGCGACGACCCCCGAAAUCCGUUCAAAACGCACAGGAACUCUGUUUUUUACAACAUGUAUCCCGCCAGAGGCAGGUCAGUGGGCCGGACGCGCCACCCGCCCGGGACAGGGUACGGAACCAGGUACUUCCAAAAUGGACUGCCAGACCUCAUUCCAGACCCCUACGCCAUCCAAGCAGGGACUUACGUCCAGCGCAUGCAGAUGUACGCGCUGCGCUGUGCUGCAGAGGAAAACUGUCUGUCCAGGUCGGCUUACGCGCCCAAGGUUCGAGACAUCGACUUCAGGGUUCUGCUGCGAUUCCCUCAGAAAGUGAAGAACCAAGGAACCGCAGACUUCCUCCCGCUCAAGCCCAGAUAUCAGUGGGACUGGCACAGCUGUCACCAGCAUUUCCACAGCAUGGACGCCUUCAGUAACUACGACCUGCUGGACAUCAUGACAGGACAUAAAGUGGCUGAGGGACACAAGGCGAGUUUCUGCCUGGAGGACACGGGCUGCGACCCGGGAUUCAGACGACGCUACGCCUGCACGUCUCACACGCAGGGGCUGAGUCCAGGCUGCCAUGACACUUACGCCGCCAACAUCGACUGCCAGUGGAUCGACAUCACCGACGUGCCUCCAGGAAAUUACAUCCUACAGGUUACAGUGAAUCCCAAUUUCCACGUCCUGGAAUCAGAUUUCACCAACAACGUUGUGAGGUGUGACGUCAUAUACACAGGCAUUUAUGUUCAGACACGCGGCUGUCGAAUAGCAAGGGUUUAAAUAUUCCUAAAUUCCUGCAUCAAGCUGCUGGGUUUCUGCAGCAGAACGUCGCCUCCUGUAUUCUGAAAGAAGCAACUGGUGAAGUUUGUAUUACAGAUUUAAAUGGAAAAAGUUGCAUUUAUUGGUCAUUUCUGUAAAAUAUUGUGAAUGAAACUAGAGAUUUAAUAAGAAUUACUUGAUUAUGCAAAAUCUGCAAGUACUGUUGCUUUGAGAAGCGUUGCUUAGCGGCUUUAAAUCUUUGUUUUGUUGUCGUUUCUCGGCUCUGUUCUUGUUGUGCGCUGCUCUGUCCUGUCUGUGUCCGCAGAGUUCGUUGUAUAUUUUAACAAUAAAACUCCUGGAAAGUUUUAAAACCAGCAGCAUUUUUGGUCAGGCUCCAUCUUUCAGGCUGGACGGCCGUCAAGUGAACGUUGUUUAGUCUGAACCCAACUCUGGGGAAAACAAUCUCAGAAACCUCGAAGAUCUGUCCCGAGUUAUGUAGUUUGGUUUAUUUAAAAAGCUGCAUGCAGCGGGAUACUGAAACAACUGUCAAGUGUUAAUUCUGGCAACUGUUGCACAAACAUGGCAACCUCAUGGUGGAUGUGGGCUUGACCAAAAGUAGCUGUGAUAAUGAAGGAAUGUCCGGUUUAAACAGAACAACCAAAUAUUUUCAGGGAACAUCAGAUUUGUUCCCCAUGACACACGAAACACUGAUUAUCCUUAACCUUUUCCUUCAACCCCGCUUGAUUUGUCAUUUACAAGCAUAGGUUAGAGGCAGAAAUGUACCUACACCCAUCGUUUGCAUGCAUGUGAUUAAUUUGGGCUUUUAAUGAUUAAUUAGAAAUGUCCUCUUUCCAGUUGUUCUCUCCAACGAAGACACUGGUGCUCCAGUUCGACUAAAACCUUGUUGGUUUUGGGUUGUUCCUAAACAUUAUGACCAAUUUCCUUGCAGGAAAUUGACAAAAGCUGCAUUUCCAUUACAAAUCUUUGUUGAUAUUCUGCAGCUUACGAAACCACCCCUCCACCCACCCACAAUUUCGCAAUUGCGGUGUUGCCAUUACAUAAGAAAUUAAACUAAAAUCACGCGAUAAGUCAUUGGAAAACAUUUUGCACCAUCAUCCUCCAACUACUUACUUUUGCCUUCUUCAUUUUUUUAAUCAGUAACAUCUGAUUGUUGAUCACCUCAUCGUAGUGCAAAAACUUUUUAUUGAAAAACAUGAGUUUUUUUUUUUUAUUGUUGUGUUUCCAUUAAGCAAAUUUGUAUUGGUAGUUUCAGUUUUCAGAAUUUUAUGGAAAUGGAGUUAGUGAUAGUUUGGAUCAGAUGGUUGACUGAACAUGAUCCUUAACAGACAUCAAAACUGGCUCUGGAGUUAUUUUUAACUGAUUAAUUUAUUUUAAUUUAGGCUAAAAUGAAUCCCCAGAAUCAACCCGACCGCAGCUCUACUGAAGAUCUUAGAACUAGGUUUAAAAACCAGAAUAAAAGUGGAUAAAUAUCCACACAGAACUGCACAAAAAGCUUGUUGAAGGCUACAAAAAGAGUGUUGUCAGGUUCUAGUUUUAUGGGACGUAAUUAUCAACCAAAACAUGUGCAUCUAAAAAUGUUUUAUUUUUUUUAAAUCUAAGUUUUUCGUAUAUUAUUACAUGCUGGAGCUGUAAAGUGGUGCAGUUUGUACUGACAAUGAGUGGAUGUUUCUCUCCUGGAAAAAGAACUGUUCAAAUCUAUCUUUAAAAGCCUCAAAUUAAUAUGAACUGUUAAGUCAGAGUAAAAUUUCCGAGCUUAAAUACGUGUGUUCAUGUGUAUUAGAACAAAUGUGCGUUUUUGUCGACUUUAUUUUAAUAAAAUAUUGUUCAGAAUUUAUUCCGGUUGGAUUUAAAUCAACGCACUUUGUUGAGGGUUUGAAUUUAUGAGAGCAACAUUUCUAAAGUAAAUCUAAAUCGCCUCCAUUUUCAUGGGAAAUCUUCUUUAUUUGCAAUAAAUAUUGUGUUUUAAUAUAAAAAUGAAAAUAAUUGUA